UUAGUUUAACAUUUCGAAUUAAUUUCGCAUCAUACAUUAUAUAAAGCCGUUCUCUUCUCCUUCUCUGUUCGUUCGAUCACUUUCCCUCUCUUUCUCUACGAGUCCGCCUAAUUCUAGAAAGCCACCAUGAGAGCUCUGAAGAACGCCGUUGUCACUCACAAGAAGCCUAACGUAGAGAUGCUGAAAAAGAGGAAAGCUGAGAUGAAAUCCACGAAAAGCAACAAAGCCAUGAAGAAGGACCAGAAUGCUCCUAAACGUCCAGCCACAGCGUUCUUCAUUUUCAUGGAGGAAUUUAGAAAGACGUUCAAGGAGAAGUUUCCUGAUGCAAAAGCUGGUCCAGCUGUUGGUAAAGCUGGCGGUGAGAAAUGGAAAUCAAUGUCUGAUGCUGAAAAAGCUCCUUACGCUGAAAAAUCUUUGGGAAGGAAGGCAGAGUACGAGAUAGCUCUUGAAGUGUACAAGAAGAAACUCAAUUGCUCUGCGGCCGCUGAAGCUGAAGUUGAAAUGUCAACAGAAUCACAGAAAUCAACCUCUGAUGUCCGUGAUGACGCAGAGCAAGAAGCUAGCUCUAGCUCUUAGCUGAUACUUGGCUUCCUACAUCGUCCGCCAAGAUUUGCAGAACUUCAGGUCCCUUGGAGGUAACAGAAUUUCAUAUAUUUUUAAAUAAAAGUUGCAUGAUUGUAGACAAGAAGCUAGCAAGUGCAAAGAGAGUCAAGAGGAAGCUAGAAGAAAUUGCACAACUCUUUAACAAUUUU